CCCACGUUCUCGCACAGUGACCAUAAUUAGUCACUGGGAACACAGCAUUCCCUAGCCUUCACAGGUGGCCUAAUCGAGGGGAUCAAAUUGAGACUUAAGGGUGCGAGCCUGAGCUCCUCUGCCAUAAUGUACUGUAUACUGUACCUACCAUUGGUACGUGCUGGCACUUGGUCAACUCCUUUGGCUUUGAUCCCACAAAGGCGUCAUCCCGUAUUGGCUACCGCCACAAGUUCCCUCAUAUAGGUUGGUAACCACGGCUAAGGUGAUUAUGUGAACCAUCCUCGCCGCAUUCAAACCCUGAGUUCGGAACGUCUCCGAUCAUCUACCAUUUCUCCUUCGAGCUCCAUACAGCGCUCUAUCCCAAACCACGAAGGAAAAUGCCCGGAGUUCCCUCCAGUCGAGCAUGCGAUGCAUGUCGUAAACAGAGGAAAAAGUGCGAUCAACAACGACCUGCAUGUUCCAGAUGCGCCCGCCUUCAGGUUGCUUGUGUCGGUGCCGGCAAACAGCGAUUCAAGUUUGCAGAGAAUCGAACCAUCGAUCGGCUGGAGAGCCACACACCGAGCACUAACCCGUCUCCAUGUCGUUCACCGGAGGCAGCUGCACUUGUGGUGCCAGCGUCACCGAGCAAUAGGCUGACCCUGGUGACUUCUGCCUUCUUAUCCACGCUGCGGGUGACAGACAUUCGCUACGACCCGACUGCCUAUGGCGAAUUCCUUACGGAAAUCCCCAGACGCCUUGGGGCUAAUGCCGCUCUUGAUGCUUCCGUACAUGCGUUUUCAGUGGGGUUCCCUCAAAUUUAUUCUCAUGAAAAGAGUCCUGAGGUGGUGGAGAGUUAUUUUCGAGCUUUAGCUGCCCUUAGAACGAGCCUGGACAGGCCUAGCGAGGCAAGCUCGAUAAAUACAUUAUGCGCAAUUUACAUGAUGAUAAUAUGUCAGGCCUGGAUGGGUGAUUGCAUGCUCACAGGGCAUGGAGAGCUUUUAUCACAGAUACUAAGAACAAUAGCGUGCAAAAAAUGGGACGAUGAAUUUGACCACCAGCUACUGGUUACCUUGUGCAUCCCCGUGAUUCUCGAAAGCAUUGGCAACCCGAAAAUCCAAGUGCAGCCUUGGCUUGACCAACUGGUAAACCGACACGACCAAGCCAUCCCUAUGAAGAGCAUGAGAUUGAGCCAGCUUGCCAAAAUCCAGCAGUUUCUCAAUGAUCCGUACGCCCAUGAAGCAGACAUCAGAAUCGCUUAUCAACAUUCCGGAUUUGACCUUCACAAGAUCCGGGAGGUAAUCAUCCCAAGAAUCACGAAAACAGACUAUCCCGUGAAAACCCGCUCUCGCUUUCAGGCUUUCCAUAGCGUUUUACUCGCCUAUGCCGUUAUCUUGAACAACAUCCUCCGCCGAUGCUUCGAGCCUUACAAUCUCAUCCUUGCCGCUGAAGGGGAGGCAUUAGUUGGCGAUAUCAUCGCCCUCGCAGAAGAUGGUGCCCAAUACCGGCCUCUAGGAUCGAGCGGCAUGCCAAUAUCGUUAAUGGCUGCAUGGGCGCUAGCGAAAGGGACCGACAGGCAGACACGGCUCGAAGAGCUACUGACCGAGUACAAGUCCGAUUUUCCCGCGGCGAGCUGGAGACAGGUUUCGCAGUAUUUGGAACGGCGGAUGAACUACGAUCCGAAAACCGCAGCGCUGAAAGAUUUGCGUCCUGUGGCAGACGCGUGUCCGACUAUGUAGAGAUGGCGAGGGGAAUGCCUCCAUAGUAGGGUGGUUGAAUUUCAGUAAUUUAUAUAUAUUUCUUCGGAUGACUGAUAGAAUUUAAAUUAUGCAUAUAA